AUGUUGCCAAUAUUUCCAGCCGGUAGUACGCUUUUAACGGAUGGAUGGAUUAUUCAUAGUGAAGAAAAUGUAGUUCUAUUACGGAUUCAUGGGGAGGCUCUGAAGUUUUACAAAGCUUCCCAUAGAGGUAAAGAGCAUCGUCUGAAGAUAGUACCAUUCGACGUGCGCUUCAAAGAGAUUUUCUCAUACGAGGAUCGUCAUACACGUAAGGGCAUGCUGUGGAGGGCAUCCUCUGUCUACCAAAACACUCUCGAAAGUGUCGACGAUGACUGCCUACCUGAUCCAGAUCCGGUCCUACCUGACGUGCCUAGUUUUUCAAAUACUUUGUUAUCGGUCCUUAGCCGAGAGGAUCCGAUUUUCGGUCAGCAAUACGUGAACGGUUCAGUGUUUCGAAAUGAUGUGGAUUAUCUCGUAUUCAAGACUCAUACCGUAUCCUUAGAGCAUUUAGCGUUCCGGAUUGAACUUUUCACUGGUAUGGACCGUAUUGGGCUCGCCUAUGCGCUACCGGCAGCGCUUCCUGAUCUCUAUGGAAAAGCUACUUUUCCAAUAAUCUCGUUGAAAAACAUACCUAUUGGACAGAUUGACAUUGAUUAUAUGCUGGUAAAAACCUUGCAAAUGGACCGAUCAAUACGUGACAGUAUGGCAGUAUCCUGGGGACGAUAUUGGAAGAAGCGAAACACGCUCGAGGUCGGACAUCGAGGAAUGGGCUGCUCAUACACUCGAAUGGCAACAGCACGUGAAAAUACGAUUUAUUCACUUAGCGAAGCGGCGAAUAAAGGUGCUGACUAUGUAGAGUUUGAUGUCCAACUCACUAAGGACCUUAACCUCGAUCAGCUUCAUCUGUUACAACUCGAACAUCCGGCUGAACGAUUAAAUAAGACGUGGAGGGUGACACCAAGUGAGGAGGAGAUCAACGAAGAGAUCCACAAUCCGUUCCCUCAUCUGAAGCAGGUGUUGGAAUCCGUAAAUCCCAACGUUGGAUUCAAUAUUGAAGUGAAGUAUCCUAUGAAAAUGAAGGAUAUUCGUUCGGAUUGCUCAAAAAUUGCCGUGAAUUAUGCGGCUGGCAACGGGCUCUUAGGUGUAAACUUUCAUAGUGAAGAACUGCUGCAGGAUGCUUCACCUCUAGAGCGUGCUGAGAAAUUUAAACUUGUUACGUUUGUGUGGGGCGACGAUCUGAAUCUCAUAAAGAACCUCGAGUACUUCAGGGAACUUCAAGUGGAUGGCGUUAUUUACGACAGAAUUGGUGAGGUGAGGCCGCGACGGAACACUUUCGUAGUUGAAAACGAGUCUCGAACUGCCCUACCAAUACGAACUCCAGAACACAGUCGGUCGCCGACGCCUGAACCAGAACUGUUCGCUCGCAUUCAUACACAGUCAGCACCAGUACCAGAACCUAUUGACCACAGUACAAUGCAGCAUUUGAGUAUCUCAAAGAAUUCUGCCUUCACUAAAUUAAAUGAUGAGGAAAGCAGCCAAACAUUAUGUAUACAUAAGUCUGCACAGAAUUAUUGUUCAUUAUGCACUUAA